AUGGAAGGAAAUCUAGUGACUGAAAGGGAAUAUGAAGACCUGCAAAAAAUGAUGGGGAAUGCAGGUUUAAGUGAAAUGGAUAGCAUUGGUGAUCAUUUCACAUGGUCCAAUAAACAAGCAGCUGGACCCAUCUACUCAAGGAAUGAUAGAGUUUUGGGCAAUACUGACUGGUUUCUCGACAAUAUGGAGACCUUAUUGAAAAUUCUCCCACCUAAUAUUUCUGACCAUGCCUUGCUAUAUCUGGAAUAUAAACAAGAACAGAGGAAACCAUCCAAACACUUUAAGUUUAGCAACUGCCUUACUGAACUGCCAGGUUACGAUAUUUUGAUCAAGAAGAAUUGGGAUGGUCAUAUUAGGGGUAGCCCAAUGUAUGUUCUUUGGCACAAACUUAAGAGAUUGAAGCAUGAACUAAAACAUUUAAGCAAACCUCUGUCUGAUAUUAAUAACAAGCUGAUGUCAGUCAGGGCCAACCUUAAAGAAACACAAGGAAAACUGAGUGAGGACAGAAUGAACAACACCUUAAUUGAGGAGACAAAAGAUCUGACUGAGGAAGUGAUUUCCCUGAACGAGCUGGAAUGGAAAAUACUACAAAAAAGGGCAAAGAUUGACUGGAUUAGAAAAGGAGAUGGAAAUAAUCAAUAUUUCUGUGCUUCUAUCAAAGGCAGACAUCACUCCAACUGCCUUACCAAUCUGAGGAAGAGUGAUGGCAGGCAGAUAACAACCAAAACAAACAUUGAAGAGGAAGUGAUUAAUUUCUACAGAAACUUAAUGGGCAAAGAUAUUAACAACAUUAGCCAUAUUGAUAUUGAAGCCAUGAGGAUGGGAAGGCAACUUAACAUUGAGCAAAGGGAAUACAUCACCAGAACCAUAUCAGAAGCUGACUUUACCAAAGCCCUUAGAGGGAUAGGAGACCUAAAAGCACCAGGACUGGAUGGCUAUGGAGCCAAAUUCUUCAAGGCCAGCUGGACAACUAUAAAAACUGAUGUGAUAGCAGCUGUUGAGGAAUACUUUGAAACAGGUAAAAUAUAUAAAGCUUUCAACAGUGUUGUAGUUUCCCUGAUUCCAAAAGGCCAUAAUGCUUGUGAAAUAAAAGACUACAGACCUAUAGUUGUUUGUACCACUUUCUAUAAAAUCAUCUCCAAGAUUCUGACUGAUAGACUAGGAUCUGUCCUUCCUAGUGUGGUAAGUCACAAUCAGGAAGCUUUCGUACCAGGCCAGAACAUACAUAACCACAUCAUGCUUGCAACUGAGCUUCUUAAGGGAUACACAAGAAAAUGGGGCACACCUAGAAUCAUGCUGCAAAUAGAUCUGCAAAAAGCAUACGAUAUGGUUAAUUGGAGUGCUUUAGAAUGUAUCAUGAAGGAAAUGGGCUUCCCUAACAAAUUCAUUCAAUGGACUAUGCUAGGCAUCACCACUGUGUCCUACAUAUUUAACAUCAUGGGGGAAUACACUGAUAUUUUACAGGCCAAAAGGGGGAUUCGACAGGGUGAUCCUUUAUCACCUAUGUUCUUUGUCCUCAUAAUGGAAUACAUGAACAGGCUGUUGGUGAAAAUGCAAAGAGAUCCUAAUUUCAACUACCAUGCCAAAUGCGAGAAGCUGAAAAUCACCAACCUCACUUUUACAGAUGAUGUGCUGCUAUUUUGUAGAGGAGAUGACAUAUCAAUGCAAAUGAUUUUAAAUUCUUUCAGAGAUUUCUCCAAUUCCACAGGUUUGAUAAUGAACCCUAACAAGUGCAAAAUCUAUUUUGGAGGUUUGGAUAAUGAGAGCAGAAAGACCUUGAAAGAGCUACCGGGUUUCCAAGAAGGAACGUUACCGUUCAAAUAUCUAGGAAUCCCACUGUCUAGCAAGAAGCUAACCAUCAACCAUUUUAUGCCUUUGAUGGAUAAAAUUGUGGCUAGAAUCCAUCAUUGGUCCUCUAGACUCCUAAGCUAUGCAGGAAGAAUACAGUUAGUGAAAAGUAUAUCUGCUGCAAUGUUGCAAUACUGGAUGCAAUACCUCCCUAUGCCCAAAUCUGUGAUCAGAAAAAUAGACACCAUCAGUCAAAGCUUCAUCUGGACCGGUAAGGAUACGAUAAGCAUAAAAUGCCCUGUAGCAUGGAAACGCACCUGCUGCCCGACUGCACAGGGUGGGAUGAAUCUGCUGAAUCUUUAG